UUGUGGUUGAUAUCACUCAAGGCCUGCAAACCAACCACAUAACACUGGUUUUGGAUCAUCUUGUUGCUGACAGAGUGUGCACAGACUUGACUAUCUCCUUGCAUGAGGCAUCCGUUAUGACAACAAUCCACAAACUUGAAGAUGAUGAUAAAAAAUCAAAGUUGCAGGUUGAUAUAAAGAAGCAUAUGACAUCUCACAAGAGAGUAGUGUACUUGAUUAUUGGUCGUAAGAAGACAUUGGAAAAUGUCAUGAAUAUGAUAAAGAAGGAAGAUCUCAUACAACGCAAUAUACUGUACAUAUUUCUUUGGAACAAAUUUCCGCCCAGUAGAAACUUCAGCGCAGCUAUAAUUGAAGCGGUUCAAGUAUGCGUGUUUGUGAAAACCAGAGCUGGAAAUUUCAAUUUCUAUUACAACAGAAAAUUUCCAAAUGGAAAAGGUAAACUAGAACUGGUGAAUUGGUGGUCUCAGCGAGAUAAACUGUUUGUUCACCCUCUACUUCCACAAACAGAAGAUGUUUAUAGAGAUUUCCAUAAGAGGCGUUUCAAAAUUCCUGUAGUUAAUAAACCUCCUUGGUACUUCGUGAGCUAUUCUGACAACAAUGUAAUACAAUCAGUUCGGGGAAGAGAUAAGAAGCUACUUGAUCUGAUAUCCCAGAAACUCAACUUCAAACUAGUGCACUUUGAUCCACCUGAUCAUAGCCAAGGCUCGGCUAUUGUCAACGGUUCAAUGCAGGGAGUGCUUGGAACAAUAUGGAAACGUGAAGUGGAAAUGUUUAUUGGUGAUCUAACAGUGACGUAUGAGAGAAGUCAGGCUGUUGAUUUCACGUUUCCAACACUCGUUGACAACGAGGUUUUCCUGACUCAUGCGCCAGGCUAUCUCAGUGAAGCAGUGGCUCUUAUCAGACCUUUUCAUUGGAAGGUUUGGCCCCCUGUAAUUGUCACCUUUUUGGUGUCAGGUCCAGUUUUGUUCUUUUUCAUGAGAAAUGCACGUGUUGGGAAACGUAAAGAAAGAAUAGUAAAAAAGGAUAGAGGAAAGCUUCUCUGUGAUUGUAUCUGGUUGACAUCAGCAAUUUUUCUCAAGCAGAGUUGCCUUGUACGCACCAACUCGACUCAAGUACGUUUUGUAGUGUUGACUCUGUAUUUGGGAGCAACUUAUGUGAUAGGUGACAUGUAUUCGGCCAAUUUGACAUCAAUGCUGGCUAGGCCAGCCCGAGAGACUCCAAUAAGCAGUUUAGAGCAAUUAGCUGGAGCAAUGGAGAAAAAAGGAAUUCAACUUUUAGCCGAGCUUCAUAGUGCGUCUCAUGGAAAUCUUGAGAAUGGUACUGGUUUGUACAGAAGGAUUUGGAAUACAAUGAAACGGCAACCGAAGUAUUUAAUAACAACUGCAGAGAGAGGAAUCGAACUUGUCAAAGAUAACAAGCAUUUUGCUCUGAUUGGGGGAAGAGAAACAUUCUACUACAACACUCGAAGAUACGGUGCUCAUUUCUUCCACCUAAGUGAGAAACUACAUACCAGGUAUUCGGCCAUAGCAUUGCAAGUUGGAUGUCCAUUCAUACAAAACUUCAAUAGAGUUUUGAUGCAGUUAUUUGAAGCUGGUAUUCUAGCCAAAAUAACAGAGGACGAAUACCAGAAAUUAAUUGAAGACAAGAAUGCAAAUGACAAUAAGAAAGUCGAGACAGUAGCUGAAGGUAGAAAGGCCAAAGAAGAAGAACAGGAUGGAAGUCAGCCAAGAGCUAUGAGCAUGGACACUCUGAGUGGAGCUUUUCUUGUACUUUUCAUCGGCUACUGUGCUUCAGCGUUGCUUCUACUCAUGGAAAUUGCUUAUUUCAAAAGCAAAAGAAAGAAGAUUCAAUCAAUUGUGGAGCGUGGUAGGAAUGGGAGAGCCAAUAGUAGAGCAAUGAUCCAUACAAAAUAUAAUUAUUGUGAUUGAAUAAAUUUUCAAUCAAAAAAUAAUUACUCUUGAUCAAAAUGCCAUUUGUCCGAUAAUUAAAGUAAGUUAUAAUUAGCUAAUCUGAUUCAAACUUGAUAAUUUAAAAUUUAAUGAUCGAAUUUGUUUUGGAACAGUAUAUUUAAUAUAAAUAUGUAUAUUUAUCUCAAAUUUAUGAAUCUAUAAAAUUUUACUUGCUGUCUAAGUGCAAUUACAUAAAUAUUUGUAUUCAAAUAUGAAGAGGAGUAUUACAAUUAUUUAUUCCUGAUGAUACAAAAAGAAAUUAUUCAAAUAAUUAUAAUAGUAUGUCUAGUAAUUCUCAAACUAUGGAGGGUAAUGCAAAAUAUAGAAUAGUUCAAGUUUAUAGAGAACAUAUUUUAUCAUGAGUAUUCUUCCAGUUUCAAACCAAUAUUAGACUAGUAGCAGGACCUCCUAUAUACUACCGGACCUGAGCCUAGAAAAAAAUGGCCGCCGUAUGUGGUGGUCUUAUAGAGAUUCCUACUGAGAAAAAAAUUACUAAUCAGCUGUUAGAGAGCGUCUCAGUUUGUCGAAAUCUCAGUUCGUCCAGUUCCCAUUUAAAAUAUCAAUGCCGGCCACCACAUAAGGCGGCCAUUUUUUUUGUAGGCGCAGGUCCGGUAUAUAGGAAGUCCUGUUAGUAGCUAAAGUAGUUAAUUGUUUGCUAUUCACUUAGAAUUAUUAAGAUUAUUGUAAAACAUAAAAUAUAUUAUUCUUGUCUGGAAAAUUAUUUUUACUCAAUAGGCCUAGUAAGUUAAAAUAUUGACGGAAAUUAAAUUUAGCUGGAUUUUUUAUUCUAUUCAUGAGCAACUUUGUAAUUUUCAAAACAGUAAUUAUUUAUUCAUUCACUGAAA